AUGGCCACCCCCACCCCCACCCCCACCGACCCCCCCAUCCACGCCCUCAUCAUCGACGCCGGCCCCCUCAUCGCCAGCACCUCAACCACCGCCCUCCUCUCGCGCGCCCAGCGCAUCUACACCACCCCCUCCGUGAUCGCGGAGAUUCGAGACGCUGCAACCCGCUCGCGCCUCGAGACCACCUGGCUGCCGUUCCUGCAGCAGCGCACGCCGCGGGCAGAGAGCGUGCGGAUCGUGGCAGAGUUUGCGAAGAAGACGGGCGACUUUCCCGCCCUCAGCGUGACGGAUCUGCAGUUGCUCGCGCUGACGUAUGAGCUUGAGUGUGAGGGGAAUGGCGGUGACUGGAGGCUCAGGAGGACGCCGGGGCAGAGGGGCGUGAAUGGGCCCGUGCCGGGGAGGGGGAAGAAGCAGGAGGGGGAUGUGAAGGAUGAGGAGGUGAAGGGGGAAGCUGGGGUACAGGAGAAGCAGGAGGAAGAAACAGCAGACAGCAAAGAGACAGAGGCUACAGAUGCGCCCCAAGCAGGAGAAACUGGGAAGCCAAGGCGGAAAAGCAAGAAGGCCCGAAUGGCGGCAAAGAAGCGGGCCGAGCGGCAAGAAGCCGGCGAGGGAAACGAGACCGCCGAGAAGACCGGAGAGGCAGAGGCACAGGCACAGGCACAGGCACAGGCACAGGCACAGGCACAGGCAGAGGGAAAGAAGCGCAAUAAGCGCAAGGGCAAGAGGGGCACUCCCGCCCAAGAUGGCGCUGCAGCAGAAGCCGGAGAAGAGGUCAAGGAAGCUGCAGAGGAGGCAUCCGGGGAAGCUGCUGCUAAGCUUGAAGCUCCCGCAGCGGAAGCUAAAGAGGAGCUCAAGGAAGCUCCGGCAACUGAGGCACCCAAGGCCGACGCCGCCGAAGUAGCACCCCAGGAAACUGCCCAAGAGCCCGCAGCCACCACGCUCCCCACCCCGCCCUCCACCGACGACUCCGCCGCCUCCGACUGCGACUCGGACCCCGACUCCGACUCCGGCUGGAUCACAGCCACCAACCUACACUCCUACAAGCACAGCGACUCACACACACCCGUGCACAGCACGGCCACAAAGAAGCAAUGGCCCAUCGCCGCCGCCCUCGCCACCACCGACUACGCCAUGCAGAACGUGCUCCUGCAGAUGAACCUGCACCUCGUCUCCCCGCACGGCCUGCACCGCAUCCGCACCAUCAAGACCUGGAUCCUGCGCUGCCACGCCUGCUUCAAGCUGUGCCGCGACAUGACGAAGCAGUUCUGCCCAGUGUGCGGGGGCGCGACGCUGCUCAAGACGAGCUGCUCGACGGACGCAAAGGGCGGCUUCCAGGUGCAUCUCAAGCGCAAUAUGCAGUGGAAUAACCGCGGCGCCGUGUAUUCGAUCCCGAAGACGCAGCAUGGGUCGGCGUCGGGCAAGGGCGUGAAGAAAAACUUGGUGCUGAGGGAGGACCAGGUCGAGUAUCAGAGGGAGGUGAGGACGAGGGCGAGGCAGAAGGAGAGGGAUUUGUUGGAUCCGGAUUAUUUGCCGGGCAUCUUGACGGGGGAGAGGAGGGAUGCGGGCGGCCCGAUGCCGAAGAUUGGGUACGGGAGGAAGAAUCCGAAUGAGAGGCAAGGGGGGAGGAAUAAGCAUUGA